AUGAGUGUUAGCUGUACAUGCAAUUCCGUAGCGAGCCUGUUGACCCUUGUCAAAUCCGGAACGAAUGAACUCAGGCAUGGUUAUGAGAUUCCGGCCGAAUUAUCGGGGAAACCUAAAGAGGAUGCAGUUCAUCCUUAUCCCUUAACGCUGAAUGUGCACUACUAUGAAAAGCGGGACUACAGACUUUCGGGAUCUUUGAUACCGCUUUCAAUAACAGAUCGAAUUCUCCCGUUGCGAGAUGGUUUUUAUAAAGUAGCAACAGAUGACAAUCACAAGUGGGUUAUUGGAGUAUACAUGCUCGAGACUUUGUGCCCAUUAAUGGCUCCUAGAAAAGAUCUUCGUUAUGAAAUGGGAAGAGUUAAAGUACGCAUAAUUGGCAACACUGCCAGCGAGACUGCACCAUUAUUGAAUGAGUAUCAUGUGAAUCUUCGGAUGUUUAUAGAGCGUCUCGGAGAUCCCGAGACAAAGAAAGAAAAUAUACGUUUUGCUCAAGUAAGCCGGGGUUGAUUUACAAUUGAAAAUUGUUCUCCACUUACCGGAUAAACGCCAUGGCAUAGGACUAUCUAUUUUUUAAAUUCACAUUUUAAAAUAUUUUUUCUCAAAGUUAAAUACAUGCAUGUUCAAAAAAACAGUGUU